AUGGAGUUCCAUGGGUCAAAAUUCAACAUCAUUAUACUCGUCAGUCUGUGCAUAGUCAAUAUUAUGAAAACUGAAUGCGCAAAGUUUAUGCUCCAAAUGACAAUUGAUGAAUCAGGACAAAUGACUGUUCACUUUGAAGGGAUGAACUUCACUUUGCAUGAUGACUUCACACUAACAAUUCAAGAUAAUGACUGUGAAAAGACAGUUUCAUUGCAACCACCAACCCAAGAUGAGCUGGUGGCAGGAGAAGGAUAUCGUCCGGGUUCUUGGCUGUGUAAAAGUUGGUUUACAAGAGACCGAGAUAUUCACCUGGAAAUAGACGAAUUAAGAAAAUAA